AAUACAUUCACUUUCAUUUGAGAUAUUAAUUAUAUAAAAGCUAAUUUAUUGCCAGCUAUUUUGACUAUUUCUACUUUGCUGAAACAUUAGGACAUUCCACAGAUCAUUUCAGAACCAAGAUGAACAGAACGACUGAAGCAAAACCUUCUUACAACAGCAAUGAUAUUGAGAUACACAGAUCAAGACAAAAUAUUUCCUAUUUUCACAAUAAAUGUUGGUCGUUAUUCUCACAAAGAUUGAUUAGCAUAAAGGUCUUUGUCAUUUAUGUCAGCCUUGCAAAUAUAUUCGUGCAUUCUUUAGACCAUUAUUUGGGAUCACAGAUUACAGCUAUUGAAAAACAGUUUAAUUUGCAAAGCAAAUCCUCAGGAAUUCUCAUAAGUAUAAAUGAUGUUGGAUUUAUAUCUUCUGUGCUAGUUUUUGGUUAUUUACUUAAGAACUGUCAUAGACCAAGAGUGUUAGCUAUUACCAAUGUUACAGUUGGUCUUGCUAUUCUUAUCUGUGCUCUGCCCUACUUUAUCACACCACAUCCAAAAUGGAAUACUAACCAAAGCAACAUGGAGGAUCCAGCCUUAAAUACGAGUAUUGAGUGCAAUUUGAUGGAAGAAGAAUCAUUCACUGGUUCCAGUAGAAUUGGUUACUACUUUAUUUUAAUUGGAAUGCUGUUGAUUGGUGUUGGAAAAGCUGCAAGAUUUCCACUUGCCAUUGCAUACAUUGAUGAGAAUGUAGACGAAGCCCACACUGGCGGCUACAAACCCCUCUUAAACCUUCUGAUCCUCAAUGGAUUGGUGCCUGGUGGCUAG